AUGGAUACUGUAAAUACUGCAUGCCCUCCCCAGUUGAAAUGUCAUGUUUCGGUUUAUGGUGAUGAAAGCUCCGUUCGUCCAACGAAGAGAAACUUACCAGAUUUUUUAGCUAGCAAAAUGUGUAAAGAUGGCGCAUCUAAAAUACACGCGCAUCAGAUUCAACAAAGUGAAGACUUUAAUUCAAAUCUGUCUAAACGCCUAAAGUGUAUUGACUCCCCAUUCCCUACUAUGAACAUAUCAACAGUUGGUAAAGUCAGUAGUCCGAGUAACCUUUUGAAUGGCAGUAAAUGUUCAGAACUCAUGUUUAAAGCAGAGUCAGACAUUUCAAUAUCUCAGUCAUGCAUUACGACUGCUUCCCGGUCUCCUGUACAAGUUUUUGUCGAAACCGCGCGUAAACAACUCUACGCGUUUAUCUAA